GAAGAUAUGUAUAUCAAAACGCUUUCUCACUAUGGAUUAGUAGAUGGAGUACUGAAGUUGGAGAAAUUGUUAUAUGCACUAAAACAGUCUGGAUCAAAAUGGUACACAAAUACCACGGGAUUUCCCACAGUCAAUUGCAGUUAGACCGCUAUUAAAUGAUGGCCCUGCGCGCUGGUUAUAAAACAUAAAGGCCAAACAUUUAUAGUUUGUCUAUUUGUCGAUGACAUGAUUGUCCUCAAGUCCAUAAUACUUGAAUAGAAAAACUACGAAAGCAACCAAGAUCGACAUUCGAAACUAAAACAGUUGGAGAUAAUACUCCCGAUUCAGACCGUUAUGCGAGAUACGACAUGCUAGGAAUAGAAUUUCAGUGCGAAAAAGGAGAAAGUAUGAAGCUUUCGAUGGGAAAAAUCACAUUCGAUAGAUUACCAAAAUUAAAAUUACUAUUGGAAGGAAAGAAACAGAGUUUAGCUCCAGGACAACCCGGUCACUUCCUGCUUCCAUCUAAAAUUGACUUAGAGUCAUCACAACAAGGGUAUGCCACUUAAGUACAUCAAAUGCAAAGAAUUGUGGAACUAUUUUCAAAG